UUUGUCGAUUCAGUGAAUGUGUUGUUAAAGUUAGCUUGCCAAGAAACUCUGAGCUAACGUUAGCUAGCCAUUUUGUAACGUAAAUGUGAACUUGUAUUUCGCUAACGUCAGAGUUGGUUUAUAGAGGUGUUAAAUGGCUUUAACUUCGUUUUAAUAUGUACUUGUUGGAUGUAUAGCGUCAACUUGCAAGCUACAAACGCCUGUCGCAUAACAUUUCUUGGCUUGCACUUGUUUAAACUUGUGUGUGAUCAUCAGUCGUUGCUUGGUUUGUCAGCCUUAUUGCCUUUAUUGAAUGCAUUAUCGACCCAAUUUGAUCAACUGUUAUUGACAACAGUUGAGUGAUUUCUUGGUUUAGAUGACGGACCCCACUUAAGGAGCUUCCAGUCCUUUCUGUUGAAAGUAGCUAACGUUAAGUUCAGAGUUGAAAAUGGACAACUUGACUCUACUGGAAGCCUCGUGUCUUUCUCCAAUGAGCAACAUCACAUCACCCUUGGAUUUCACCCUGCUCACACCCUCCCAACUGGGUAUCUCCACUCAAAGCUUCACGCCAUCUUCUAACGUCAAAGAAAAAUCUCGCCUAGCUCAGCUGAAGUUGAAGCGGAGGUCCAAUGUUGGGGUAUGGAGUUCACCAGAGACCAACUCCCUAAUCCGCUACAUUGCCCAACAAAGGAGGAAAACUCCCCCCACAACACCACAGGAUACCCAAGCCAUCCCCUUCUUUCCCAGAGUCCCCUCUACUCUAAAGCAGAAAAGGGCCAUCUUCCAGAGCAUUAUGAAUGUGGAGGAGAAUGAAGAUCACACGGGGGGAUGCAUCAAGACAAGAGAUCUUCUGUCUGGUGGUCAGUCUGCUUCAAUUUUGUGGUACAAUGGUUCCCUACACUAUUCACUGCUUGUUUUCUCAAUCAACACACUGGUGGAUGGGUGGAGCUGUGAUAGUGGUGGGAAGGAGAACAUGUCCCCAGUGAGCCAGCAUCCCUCUCUGACUUCCCCACCCAGUAAGAGGUGCUGCACAGCACGCCCUCUGGGGGAGUGUGUGGAGGAGAUUAGGGAGGCCACCACUCCUGUCCUCAAACGCACUGCCACCAUACUGAAGCAGCAACAGAACACGGAGGUUGCAGUUGUCCAGGACAAGGACCAUCAGCCAGCUCUCAAUGUAGAACCUGCCAGUGUGUCUCUGUCACCAGCCCUGGGUACUGAUGCUGUGUCCCAGAUCACCCAGGGCAAGCCACAGCCCUCUCCUAUGAUGCAGCAGCACUGCACUCUCAUCAAGGAGGAGGAGGACCAGGAGUGCUCUUUUGAACUGCACAGCCCCAGCCAACCUCUGGUUUUGCAUUCAGGACGAGUCAGGACAACUCUGCCCCAGCUGUUCGCCAUGCCAUCUCUUUUGGAGAUUAACCCCACUGAUGAAGCUGAUGGUGGCAACGUUAACUCCACUAUGAAGAAGCAGGUGCGUUUCGGGAUCCUGCUGCCACCUGAACUCUUUGACAAGAACCUUCCCCCCAGCACCCCUCUACGGAAAGGGGGAACCCCGGUCCGCGCCCCAACAUCUGCCGGGGGGUCCCAGCUGAGGUCACUGCUGAAGACCCCCUUAACCCUGGCCCGGCCAGACUUCAGCAGCCCCUCUCUAACUGGAGCCUCCCCACCCCUCACUAUGGGACCCUGCUGUGGGGAACAGGAGAGCACCCACACUCAGGGAAAGAUCCCUUUCCCUUCAAUGGAAGAUGUUGACAGUUCAUGGAUGGACAAUGCAGAGCUGGAGACUGGACCACUGGAUCUGACCUCAGCUUUUCAAGAGGAGGACUCUGUUUGUGAGGAAAUGCCAGAUGCUGCCCCAGUGCCUGACCCUGCCCUGGAGCCAGAACCAGCCGCCACAACCCGCUCUCGCAGCAGAAAGAGAAAGCAACCAGAGGAGAAGAGUGAGCCUGUGAAGAAGAGGUCGUCUCGUACGGCUGCCAAGUCUGCCUCUGGGAGGAUGAAGAACUCAGCAAAGCCUUUCUUUGGGAAGAAGGCGGUGGACCGUUCUCUGUAUGGGAAGAGAGACUAUGCAUCCAAGAACCCUACCCUCAGUCCCAUCACGGAGAUCCUGUCCUCCCUUUGCCACUCUCCUCAACACCCCACUGCAAACCCACAGGCUUCCUCUGUUGGAUUCACAGUAUACAUCAAGGAAGUAUUCGAACAGGCCUUGGACUACAAUCACUUAUCCAAAGAAGACUCCAUCCUAUUAGAAGAAUACUUUAACAGUGACCCCGUCACCGCAGUGGUCACAGCUGCAGCCCUGUGGUCAAGCUGCUUUUGCCCCCCGGUCAGUGAGGACUCACCAGAAGACACCACCCCAGCUGCAGAGCCCUCUGAUCGGCCUUCAGUAGACUGCCAGAGCCCUGUAGGCUCCACCACCACAGACAGCUCUGGGACUGGAAGAGCAGCACAGAUCUGGAGAAGAUGGUCAGGUCCAACAAAGACCUCCAGAACCAAAAGGCAGAGUGUUAUUAGAGUAGGUAGAGGGAAGGGCAGGAAGGUCAGUGUUCCUGUUGAUAACUGGCUGAGUGAAGAGACUGAGGAGCAGGUAAAGAACUUUGAUACAGAACAAGAUCCAACAGAAACAACCCAGCCAGAGGUGUUAGUGUCCAGCCCAGCCAAGCACACAGUACCUGGUAACAGAGAGGGUGAACCUAAUACACACUGUACCUCAGACCCUGUAGAUACAGAUCAAUGCACUGGUACGCUUCCAGAUGCAGGUAGGAGUGGGGAUAGUCCAGCUAGAGCAGACGCUGAUACUACUACACCCUGCCCUCCUCCAGAUGAGGAUAGCACCACAGUGGCUCCCUCAGAGCAGAAGGCAGUGAGCCAUGUAGAACAGAGUCCAAACAAAGGCGGGCAGAGAGGAGCAGCUCAGGGCCCAGGCCGCUCCAGAGGUAGAAGGAGCUCUAUAUACGCCAGCUCAGUCAUAGAGGAGGAGGAGGAGGCUUCCCAGCCAAAUGGGCCACAGGCAGUGGAGAAUGAUAACCAUGGGUCCGGAAUGGAGCUGGGUAACGUUAUAGAACAGGCCUCUACCUCCUACCCAGACUCCCUCCUUCCCCCCUGGGCACAGAAGGAGUUCAACAUUGAUGAUGUGCUAAGGCCUCUCCCCUGCAGGGGGCAUCAGUCUGUCCGCCGCAGCCUGAGGAACCAGAGCAGCACCCUGGAGGCCUCUGGCCUGGCCUGGUUACCUCACACCUCUCCGGACUCCAUUAGUGCUGUUUGCAGGAAGACCAGGCCCAGACGCAGUUCCAUCCAGGCUCUACUACACCCUCCCCUGGAAGAAGUGAAUCACACUGACCUCUGAGCCACUCCAAUGCUAGCCUGUCCACUACCUGUACACUGGCUGUGAAUUAAAUGGCACCCUAUUCACUACAAAGGUCCUUAUUUAUUUUUUUGACUAGGGUUGGCCAUUUCCACCUGCUUUUGAUAGCUAUUGAUUGUUGUGAGUUUUAUAAAGCACUGUUUUUGUUUUUAGUAAUUAAGUAGUAUAAAUAUACAAGAACUACCUUUUAAUGUGAUUUAACAAGUUUGGCAGUUGUCAUUUACCAAGGCUCAUGGGAGUAGGAGAUGCACUGUCUGUACAUCUUUUACUCUUUGAAUGUGUACCUCCUGUAUUCAUUAAAUAAAAUGGGGCUCUUCCAAACUAUUAA